CAGUCCACCCUCCACCACUUCUGAUCACCUCACGAACCCCGAGUGAUACGCAAGAAAACUACAACAUGUUGGAUAUUUUAAUGUUCUUGGAGGACAAGGGCGGAAACCCUGAGGCCAUCCGCAAGUCUCAGGCCGCCCGCGGUGAUUCAGUCGAGAUCGUCGACGAGAUCAUCAACGAGUAUAAGGAGUGGACCAAGAUCCGCUUCGAGCUCGAUGAGAUCAACAAGGCUCAGAACAAGAUCCAGAAGGAUAUUGGCUUGAAGUUUAAGGCCAAGGAAGAUGCUUCUGAGCUGAUGAAGCAGAAGGAUGAGCUCGUGGCGAAGAAGGCAGAGCUCAGCAAGAAGGAGCAGGAGGCUGAUGCUCAGCUCCGCUUCAAGGUCAACACCGUCGGCAACAUUGUUCACGAGUCCGUCCCUGUUAGUCAGGAUGAGGAGGACAACGCUUUGGUCCGAACAUGGGUUCCCGAGGGUGUCACGGUCGAGAAGCGUGACUGCCUCUCACACCACGAAGUCUUGACCAGACUGGACGGUUACGAUCCCGAGAGAGGAGCCAAGCUUGCCGGCCACCGAGGCUUCUUCCUCCGAAAUUACGGUGUCUUCCUCAACCAGGCCCUGAUCAACUACGGUCUCAGCUUCCUCUCUUCAAAGGGCUACACCGCUCUCCAGGCCCCUGUCAUGAUGAACAAAGACGUCAUGGCCAAGACUGCCCAGCUUUCGCAGUUUGACGAGGAAUUGUACAAGGUCAUGGAUGGUCAGGACGAGAAAUACCUGAUUGCUACCUCCGAGCAGCCUAUCUCGGCGUUCCACUCCGACGAGUGGUUCGAGCAGCCUUCGGAGCAGCUUCCUAAGCGAUAUGCUGGUUACAGUUCGUGCUUCCGCAGAGAGGCCGGUUCGCACGGUAAGGAUGCUUGGGGUAUCUUCCGAGUCCACGCCUUUGAGAAGAUCGAGCAGUUCGUUCUCACCGAGCCCGAGAAGUCAUGGGAGGAGUUUGACAAGAUGAUUGCCCACUCCGAGGAGUUUUACCAGUCGCUGAAGCUCCCCUACCGUGUUGUUGCGAUCGUGUCUGGCGAGCUGAAUAACGCUGCGGCCAAGAAGUACGAUUUGGAGGCCUGGUUCCCCUUCCAGGGCGAGUACAAGGAGCUCGUGAGUUGCUCAAACUGCACCGACUACCAGUCGCGCAACCUGGAGAUCAGAUGUGGAAUCAAGAAGCUCAACCAGCGCGAGAAGAAGUACGUGCACUGCCUCAACUCGACCUUGACUGCGACAGAGCGAACGCUGUGCUGCAUCCUCGAGAACUACCAGACCGAGGAUGGAUUCAAGGUGCCCGAGGUUUUGCGGAAGUGGAUCCCUGGCGAGCCGGAGUUUAUCCCGUUCACCAAGGAGCUGCCCAAGAACACCACCUCGCAGAAGAAGAAAUAAGCGGGCUAUUGUAAUUUUCAUCGUGUGCUUUUAUAUCUAAUUGUAACCUUGUGCUUAUACUAUAAAUCGUACUCCUACAUAUUUUUAAAUCAACACAGCUGA